UCACCCUAAUAAAAAAAGUCAUGUAGUGUCAAAUGACUCGUUUAUUAACUGAAAACAAAAUGAGUCAUAUUUAUAAAUGAGUCAUUUUAUAAAUUACUUAACCCUCCUCUAAAUGAGCUAGCUCACGAAUUUAGCUCAACAAGCCACCGAGUUGAGCUAGCUCGCGAGAUUCACGAGCUGAACAAAGUUUAGUUAAUGUUCGGCUCGUUUAUUAACGAGCCAAAUUUCGAACGAGUUUUUCUCAAGUCAAACGCCGAGUCACUCACGAGCAGCUCGGCUCAUUUGCAGCCAUACCGACACACCGUGUAGAAAUAGCAAGCCCAUAGAUGGCCUUAGCUUCGUAUUGAUGUUUGGGCUUCAAAGCCUUUACAUUGGUUCGGAGAAGGCCGAUGAUGGGCCCAGAAAGGAUUCCCUGGCCGAGCGCCAAUUGAGCCAAUUCAAAAGUUUUUUUUUUUUUUUAACUUCUCCCCCUCUCUCAUCUCUCUGUCCGAACUGCAAGGAUUCCCUGCCGCCAUCGCCCCUCAGCAGCUGAGCUCCACGCUCUCAGCGACCGCAACGAGAACAUCACUGCUCUCUCCGUCAGUCGGUUCUCGAUUGUGAGUUAUUCUUCACAUCCUUUGAGCAUGGGCAGUUGCAACUCCGACUGAUCUUCUUCAGCCGUCUUCUAUCUAUAGUUACCCAAAUUUCCGUCACCGGAAGGAAAUGCCGCCCGGAUCGGCAAAUGGACCGGGAGGCUGAACUUCCGGUACCAACUGCUCAUGUGGCCACUAGGAAUUUCAUCCGUCGCCCAAUUACCAACCCGGAAACCACCUCUUCUUCUUCUUCCUCCUCCUCCUCCGCCGAGCCGUCCCUUUUCCGGCAUGUUCAAGCUGCUUUCAAGCGCCACCGCUCCCUCGGUACAGUGCAGGCAGAUGGUAUCAGAGCCCAACGCGUGCAACGACAGCCAAUUAGAAAUUCAGCUGCCAAUGUGAUGCCCAGGAUCAGCACCGGCUCCCAUGAAUUCGCUUCACUGAGUCAGGAUCAAACUGCAAUUGAGAACCCAGAUGCGAGUGUUCGAGAAAUUCAGGAAGAUUUAUCAGUUGCAGCCCCUUCCAUUUCAGAAACCAUAUCUAAACCUUUUGAUCAGAAUUUCAAGUCGAUCGAGGUACAGAGAGAACAGCCAAAACCUGCAGUUCGUUUUAAGGACUAUAGCUCGAGGCCCCUGUCAGCAUCUCUUGUGGAACCUAAACAUGAUAUUACGAAAAGAAGCGAACAAUUUGGUACGACUAAGACCGGUGCAACCCAGGAAAUGGAAUGGGAUGUAGGCAAUCGAUUGGAAGUAUUGAAUGUUAUCCAUGAUGAACCCAAGCAUCUGAACUUUCAGAACCUGGAUUAUGAUGCCGGUGGCAAGUCUGAUGCUGCCUUAUCUUUUUCGUCAAACACAGCAACUGUUAUCAAGGAUCAAUCGCAUCAAUGGAGAAACUUUUUAAGCCAACCGGCUACUCAAUCUUCAGUUGUAGGUACAUCAUGUGCCACCACCACAUCUGUUCAUUCUACUUCAGCGCCAAAACUAAACUCCACAACCUACAGUUCACAGACACUUCUAGGUUGUGGUUCUCAUGUGGCAAUUGAACCCCUGAGAGAAGGUCAUAUAAAUUAUCUGCGUACAGUUGAAGCAAAUUUGGAGGAUUCCUCAAAUUCCUUGGUGAAGGGCUCAAGUAGGAUCUUAAUUGACAAUGCAGCCAUUUCUGUCCAAUCUUCUAGUUGUGUUGCAGACGCAAAAGUUGAGGAAUAUCAGCUGCUUCAGGGUCAACAGAAGGUCCAAAAGGAAAGUGGGGCUCUGGGUAAUCCUAUUCAUGUUGGUGAAAAGGUGAAUAAGGUGGGACAAUCAUGUGGUUCUGUUGCUAAUGAACACUUUGAGAGCCAGAUUUCUACAAAUCCUUCAUUAGAUGUAAAGCUGGAGAAAACUGGAAAUCAAGAAAAGGUUACUACCCGCACGGGCACAUCAGGUCAUCGUAAGAGAAAUAAUGACCCUGAAGCAUUCUUUGUAGUUAAUGGUACCCGCUAUCAGAAACUUGGUAAGAUUGGUAGUGGUGGAAGCAGUGAGGUUCACAAAGUAAUUUCUGCUGAUUGUGCAAUCUAUGCACUUAAGAAAAUCAAACUGAGAGGACGUGAUUAUGCAACAGCGUAUGGGUUUUGUCAGGAAAUUGAGUACCUAAACAAGCUGAAGGGAAAAAACAACAUCAUACAGCUGAUAAACUAUGAGGUGACAGAUAAGAAAUUGCUACAGGACGUGGUCAAUGGUUCCAUCAGUAACAAAGAUGGCAAAGUAAAGGAUGAUGCAUGUAUAUAUAUGGUUCUUGAGUAUGGGGAAAUUGACUUGGCUCACAUGCUGUCCCAGAAAUGGAAGGAAAUGGAUGGUUCAAAUCAGACUAUAGAUCAUAAUUGGCUUAGAUUCUACUGGCAGCAAAUACUUCUUGCUGUUAAAACCAUCCAUGAUGAGCGUAUAGUGCAUUCUGACCUGAAGCCAGCCAAUUUCCUUCUUGUUAAAGGUUCUCUAAAGUUGAUUGAUUUUGGCAUUGCCAAAGCAAUCAUGAGUGAUACAACCAACAUCCAGAGGGACUCUCAGGUAGGUACUCUCAGCUACAUGUCCCCGGAGGCAUUCCUGUGCAACGAGUUAGACUCGAACGGAAACGUCAUAAAGUGCGGUCGAUCAUCAGACAUUUGGUCACUCGGCUGCAUACUGUACCAAAUGGUAUACGGGAGAACGCCCUUUUCCCAGUACACAGCCUUCUGGUCGAAACUGAAGGUCAUCACCGACCCGAAUCAUGAGAUAACUUACGAACCCGUCUCCAAUCCUUGGCUGCUCGACCUCAUGAAGAAGUGUCUCACUUGGGAUCGCGACGAAAGGUGGAGGAUCCCUCAGCUACUUCAACACCCCUUCCUUGCUCCCCCACCAGCUCCUGCUGCUGCUCCGCAGCCUCCACUGCCCGAGCAACAAGGCUUCAAGCUGCUUCAACUCGUCGCUGAAGCAUGUUCAGGCGACCACGAGGCAACUACGUUCUGCAGUGAACUCCAGCAGCUGCUCAGUGCUCCAGUGGCUCCUGAGUUGUUGACAUCACGGGUUCAGCAGCGUAGGGUUCUUGGUGACAUGACCAGGCUUUGCGGUAAGAUUGAGGGAUGUUUGAUGAAACUGGAGAAAUAGUAAAGGUUUGGAGUUUUUUUUGUUUUGUUUUUUUUGUUGUCCUGUUGUAUAUGGAAGUGAGAAGGCAAAGUGUAUUUUGUGAUCGUUGGCAACAACUAUGAACUAAUUUUUGUUUUUAUUUCUUUCUCAUCUGCGAUUUAAUAAUUAAUAAAUGCAAUUUUCUUUU